UUGGAAUAUUAUCUGGCAAACACAGCUGGCAGCUGGCUGUACAGGCAUGUGCAGCAUAUGUAUCCUAAGUUUAUGUAACCGCUUCACCGUUUUCGCUUCUGCCAUCGCCAGAUUCACUGAUACUAUUUUUAUUGUACUUGGUGCUUUGUAUUUUUUACCUUAGGAAUGUAUUAAAUAGGUAGAGACCUACUUAUUUGUAAGCGUUACGAUAUAUUGGCCUACCUAUUGUGCAAGAUUCACUUGCUUGUUUUGGCUGUUAGUCCUAGUCAAAUAAAUUCAUUGUCUGAUCUAAAACUAUUAAAGAUUAAUUAUGUAGUACCUACUUGUACGCCAAACGUUAUUAUUUAUUAGUAAGGUAAUUUUAUAUAAAAAAUGUUUUCCUACUGGCUUUUAACUUUGUUGUAGGUAUAACUUAUAAAUCUUAUAAUAUACAUCGUGUUUUUUUUCGUUAAUUUCAAGGGUGCAUUCCUGAGCUUAAAUAACUUUCUAAAAGUUAAAUAACAUCAUCUUAAGAAUGAUAGGGGAUAAGCCUGAUUGUCCGCUAAUGCUACACUGUGCGGGACUACAUUCCCCUAUGGGUUCCAUACAGUGGUAGCUGGUAGGUUAAGUGUGUAGGUUUAGGUAUAAUUUUUAGAUAUAAUUUUUAGGCUUAAGUACUAACCCUUUUCAAACUGUUUUUUUUUUUCUUUGUAACAAAAUGUAUGUGUCACAGUUACAUGAAAUAAAUGUUUUCAAUUCAAUUCAAUUCAAAAGACCGGUAAUCAGGUUUCUAAUUAACUCAUACACUUGCCUUAGGGCCUGUUUACAUAUUGAUUAGUGUUUAGUUCUAGUUUUAUACAUUUGAUACUAAACGUAAGUAAUAUAUCAUAGUGUUCAAUUGUUUGGUCGAGUUAACUGCAAUGCCCGUGUUACAACAACACUACAUGCAACAUUUAAUUACUUACUUUUUUUAUUAACUAAGGUAAGGUGGGGGUAAGACGAACAUGGUUUAUUUUGCUCGAGACAAGACAAACACUAUGAGGAUUCCAUAUAAGUGUUCGUCUUGCCCCGGUGAUAGCCUUACUCAACCUUACCUUAUGCCAUUUAGUUUCCUCAAAGGUACUUACCGAUACCCCAAAGUUAACAAAAACACGGAAUUCAAUAAAAACACGGUGUAUAUGUAGUGUAUCGGGAAAAUACUUUGAGGGGCAUUUGAGAUCUUCACAGAUGACUGUCGAGAAAAUUAUAGGGAGCGUGCAUGAACUGUAGGAGGCAGCACAGGAGCCGUCAGAUUUAUGGCGCUAGGCGUAAAUGUGAUGUUUUUUGUUCCGAUGUAGCCCACAAGAUGGCAGAACCUACUAUGUACAAGAAAACACGUGACGUGUACAUGUGCAUGUUUAUGGUUCCGAUUCAGGCCACAUGAUGGCAGACCCUCCAACGCGCACGGUCCCUAUACUCGCACCAACUUUGUCAGUAGAAAAACGCUCCAAAUUCAAAAUUUGUAUGUGAGAUCGAUUCUUUGCGCCUAAAUUUUCUACUGAGAAAGCUGGCUUGCCAAAGCAUAAAUAACUAACUUAUGUCGAUAAAUAAAAUCUUCAAAAGUUACCAUAAAUACUCACAACUAUACUCCAAAACUCCCAGCUAUGGUCCAACAUAAAGUUCAAUGUCUUCCAUUCAGGUGUGGAUCGUCGCAGUUCUGAGGCAAAAUAAUUUUAUAAAUGGAACUAAACUCGAACAAUAUCAAUUGGUAUUGGUACUUAAUUACGUGUUAAACUUGUGGACCAUAGUUGUAGUAAGUACUGGACUUAGUUGGGUGGUUUUCAGCGAGGUGUAAGCGCUUUAUUUGAUGCGAUAAACGCCGCGUUAAACGUUUGCCGCACACCCAUUUUACCUACAUUAGACCGCCUAGCAUGAGUUGCGUUCUAGCGCGCGAGUCCAUAUUUGGAGUCGCGUGCGAGAACGCAUCUCGUGCUAGCAGGUCUGAUAAUCUAAUGACACUCCAUUGUUUACGCGGUAAACGCAGCAGUAAGGGCGUUGUCAUCGUGUUCAAUCGACGCAUGCGUUCAACGCUGCGCUAAUCGCCUGUAACGACCGCGCGCUUUACACUAGCAAUAACUUGAAUGACAUUUUCAUUACAUUGCGGUAUCUGAUCAAACUUGAAUGCAGCUUACCUUAGUAGUCGGCAAUGUAACGUAAAUUGCAUGCAAGUUAUUGCAUGUCCUAUGCUUUGCUUUAUGGUAGAUAUCUGCCGCUCUAGCCAAGAUGAUAAUCGCUAUCACUUCGACAACGAAACGCUUUGUGUUCCCCUAUCACUCUUCCAUAUUAGUGCGACAGGGACAGAUGCGUUUCGAUCGCUACGGAGCUUAAGCGAUUUGCACGUUGGCUAUGCGGACAGAUUACGGUUAUAAAUGUAAUCUGCAAGAAAUCAUAGCCACUUGUUAGAAAAGAAAAACAUUUUUAUUAUGAUGUCCUUUUAAUUGUUUGUACUUAUCGCUAUGCUAAUCGUUUUAGCAUGUUUUUGUCUUCAUGUUUCGUGCCAACAUUCGUCAAAUGAUUAAUGGAUGGUAAGGGUAAUAAGACUAAUAAGUUUAUAAUUUUGUGAUAAUAAAUAUAUAGGUACGUAUAGAGUUGUAGAAAAAAGGCGCUUUUAUUACUUUUGAUUAUACGUAUAUAUAAUAUCUCAAUUUAUGGCUUGUUGUUUUAAAAUUUAUAGUUAAAAUAAAGAAAAAUAUUAAGAUGUGUAUUUUUAAUAUAUAACCAUCUAGAGAAAUAAGUAAGCUUGGAGUGUUCAGUGUUCACUCCAUACAUAUGUAGAUAAAAACUCAUUUAUAAUUAUUGAUUUAAGGGAGCUUUUAUCAAAGCUCUUUAAACUAACAUUUGAAACCUAAUAGUUGGUUUAAAAAAAAUAUAUUUCUCGACCAAAUUAAGAAGGCUCCGUUUCCAUGCGUAUUAUUAGCAAUCAGUUACCUUCUUAAUUCAGUCGGAUAAUAUAAUGAAAAGGCACGAGUGUUAUAAUAUACUGAAAAAUCACGCGUGUUUAAUAUCUAGGAUUAUGAGCCAAAAAUCGGUGGAAUACAAUCGCCGUUUUGAGCAAGUGUGUUGAGAAAUGGUAUCCAUGAUAGUACCUGCGCCAUAAUUUUCUUCACCUUUUUAGGGUUCCGUAGUCAACUAGGAACCCCUAUAGUUUCGCCAUGUCCGUCUGUCUGUCUGUUCGAGGCUUUGCUCCGUGGUCGUUAGUCCUAGAAAGCUGAAAUUUGGCAUGGAUAUAUAAAUCAAUAAAUUCGACAAGGUCGUACAAUAUAAUCUAAAAAAAUAUUGUUUUUUAGGGUACCUCUCCUACACGUAAAGUGGGGGUGAAUUUUUUUUUGCUUCAACCCUGCAGUGUGGGGUAUCGUUGGAAAGGUCUUUCAAAACUAAUAAUAAGGGGUCUUCAACAAACAGUUUUUGAUAUCGCGAAUUAAUUCGGAGAUAAUCGCUCCGAAAAAAAAAAUGAGUCCCCCCCCCCUCUAACUUUUCGUAAAUCGUAAAUCAUGGAAGUAGAGCUUAAGAAAGUCAUUAAAUGAAAACUAUAGCGGACAUGAUCAGUUUAGCUGUUUUUGAGUUAUCGCAAAAUGUUUUCCCUUCUUAGUAUAAAGACGUACAUCCACAGUUCAUCCUUUGGUUAACAAUCUACUAUACUUUAAUCUUCAGUUUAGCUUAUUGUGACGGAAGAGUAACUAUGGAACCCUACUCUGAGCAUGGCCCGACAUGCUCUUGGCCGGUUUAUUGUAGGAUUUUUUUCCCGAUAACUUUAAAAUUUAUACAUGGUGAAACUAACGCGACUUUGUUUAAUACUUAAUAGAAGAUAUAUAUUAUUACUCUGCAUAAAGUGCCCGAUAGAUAUUCUUAUGCUUACGUGUCCGGUUCUACAUACCUGUAAGUAGACAAAAACAUUAUAAAUAUAUAUAUAUUAUCUGGACUAGGAAAAGAGAUAAAUUCGUCUUUGUACACAUCCAUCUAAUGUGUCAAGGUACUACUACUAAGAUCCUUGUGUCGUCCUGGGGUUUAUGCCACGGCUGGUUACUGGAAUAUUAUUUUCAUUUAAGUACUUAAAGCAUAAGAACCAGAUAUAAUCAUAUUUUAUACGUAGAAAAUUAUACUGUUUAGGUACACUAAAUUCAGCACAGGGAGUGGUCGCGAAAAAGUUGAAUUUAAGCUGAAGAUUUAUCCUAAAUCUCAUUGUGGAAAUGGUAACCGUCCAUACAUACUCGUAUUACUCGUUUCAGUCACUUUCAGUGCCGCGGUGAGCCCGCACUUGAACGGUCGUCGUUCUCUGAAAUUCAAUCAGAAUAUUUUUGAAUUUACCUCGCGGCGCGUGAAGUGCUCCGUGUAAACUUUUAGUAGUCGGUUUCAGAUGUAACUUCAAAUCAUUCUAUAAUUUUGUGCUAUGGAGCGGAAAUAACAGUCGCCGGUGUCGAGGAGGAUGGAGCCGCCGCGGGCACCUGCGCUAAAUGUCCUGGCCGCCAACUCCACAGCACUCCAUGGUUCAGCAGAUCAUCAGCAGCUUUUAUGCACGAGAACUAGACAAAGCGGUGAUGGUAACAACAAUAGUCAUAACAAAGAGAGCAUCCUCAGCGAAGAUAAAAGUAAUAACAAUACCGCUGAUAAAACUUGUAGUAAGGAUUUAGUCGGUUCAAGUGGCAGAAGUGAGAUUGGAGAUAAUAAUCACGAAGUUAUAGUAAAUCCCAGCAGGUUGAGCUAUAAGACAAAAGAUGAUGACAAUUGUCGAUUUUCUGAAAUUUGCCUUCGUGGAGACGGUAAAGAAGGACAUAUUCCCGACAAUAAAGCGCACACUAAAGAGAUCGGGGUCAGAAUAAGUAUCAAGAGCGAGGACGGUCGACCGGGUCGGAGAAGUAUUCCCGGGCGGUCUGAUGGCGAGGACGAAGAGAACCAAGAGGCGGAGCUAGGCAGGUGCGCUGACGCGGACGUGGAGCGCGCCGCGCCCGAGGCCGAGCGCCUGCCUCCGGACGGCGCCAGCUGCUCGGCUCCUGACGAUCACCUUGUUAAAGAGCGCGUGAGCUACGCCGUGUCCCGAUCCUCGGGCAGCUACCGCCGCGACAGCGGAGAGCCCUUUCGCGCCGAUGUGGAAGCAGAAGGUGUUCUCCGGCCAGUUCGCAACUACAAAGGAAUAUACUUGCCCUCAAUCUCUAACAGUUUUACACACGAGGGCGUAGAGCUCUCCUACCAACGAUAUUCCAGAAGACAACGGCAGAAGUCGUUAAUCAUGGUCAACGUUGUCGACUUUCUUCUCAAAAUAAGCCUAUCCGUCAUAUAUCUUGCAACACAUCCAAAAACAGACGCAGAACCGAUCGCUUGGACCGCGGCUUUUUCGCUACUAAACGUGAGCAUAUGCCUGCUGGGCUGGUGGCGCUGUUUUGCCAACAACUACCUGCACUGGGCCGCCGCUACCACCUGGAUACUACUCGUCGCUCAGGGGCUCAGCGGGGCAGGCAUCGGGUUCGAAUCUGCGGAGCACCAGGUGUGGUACAUGCUGUUCAUCGUGUUCGUGCCAUACGCCAUGCUGCCACUGUCGCUGGGCUGGUGCAUGGUGGUGGGACUGUUGGCGUCCAUGGCGCACCUGCUGGCUGCCGCGCUGCACAUUACCAGCAGCCAGGAUCCAGAUUGCACAAAUCCACAAGAACAAUGCAAGACGCGAAUCCUGAUAGCCAAUACGCUGCUUUACUUAGCAGUGAAUUUUGCCGGCCUCUACGCCAAGUACCUGACGGACUGGGGACAGCGCAAGGCCUUCGGCGAGACCUACCGCUCGGUGCGCACGCGUCAGCGUACCAAGCGCGAGAAUGACCGCCAGUGGAAACUCUUUCAAAGUGUGAUUCCGGACUUCCUGGCCAAGGAGAUCGCCAACCACGUCUCAAGGGAAGGAGAGUUUCAAGACCAACAGUUCAAUAAUUUGUACAUUCAGCGACACCAAAAUGUUUCCAUACUGUACGCCGACAUAAAAGGGUUCACCGAAUUAUCAAGCAAAUGCAGUGCAGAAGAACUUGUAAAAUUAUUGAACGCCUUAUUUGCUCGGUUUGAUCGUUUGGCAUCGGAGAAUCAUUGUUUGCGAAUCAAGCUUUUGGGAGACUGCUACUUCUGUGUGAGCGGGCUGCCUACCGCGCGGCCGGACCAUGCGUUGUGCUGCGUCAACAUGGGGCUGCACAUGAUCCGGGCCAUCCGCGACGUGCGCUACAACACGCAGGUGUUUUAUGUAGACCUGGACAUGCGCAUCGGCAUCCACAGCGGCACGGUGCUGUGCGGCGUGCUGGGCCAGCUCAAGUGGCAGUUCGACCUGUGGUCGCACGACGUCACCGUUGCUAACCAUAUGGAGAGCGGCGGCCUCCCCGGUCGUGUCCACAUCUCUGAAGCUACGCUGCAAUGUCUGAACGGCGCCUUCGAUGUGGAGCCGGGUGAGGGCGAGGCCCGCGACCCCUACAUCCGCGAACAUGGGAUCACCACGUACCUCAUCCACGCCUCAGAGCAGCCUCGCCGCUCCCGGCAUCGUUCUAGACCAAGUGUCCCAACGAGCCAUCACGCCUCCGAGUCUAGCAACCGUCGCCCCAGCAGCAUCCUGGAGGAUGAAACCAAUACAGAUUGGACUCCAGAGAUACCCUUUCAGAACUACUACUCGGUGAGUGACGACGAGGAGGCGCAGGCGGCGUUGGACUUGCCUCCCGGUCUGGAGCACGGCUUCGAUUCUGACGACGUGACACCGCUGGCCGAUGAAGAGGACAUAAUCAACCAUUCGAUCGAGGUGGGCACGAACCGGCGCAUGCGCAUGGACAACAUGCGGCUGUGGUCGCUGCGCUUCCGGCGGCUCUCGCUCGAGCACGAGUUCGCGUGCCUCGACGAGCUUACCUUCAAGUCUAACGUCUGCUGCUGCUUCCUGCUGUGGCUCUUCAUCUUCGCUGUACAAACCACCAUGCACUACGAUUGUUGGCAGCUGGUGGCGGCUCUGGGCGCGGUGACGGCGCUGCUGGCGCUGGCGCUGCUGGCGGCGAUGGGCGAGGAGUUGCCGCGCGCGCCGCGGCUGGGCAGGCUGUCGCGCUGGCUUGGCGCCACCCGCCGCCGCCGCAAUCUGCACAUAUGUACCUUUGUCACUGUCAUGUCCAUAUCUAGCACUAUCAAGCUAUUUAUUUGCAACCUAUCAACAUGCGACGAAGUGGAGAAAAAUAGUAAUGAGUGUUAUAGUCCAGAAUACGUAGUAUUUACAUGGAUCUUGUGCCUCAUCGCCUUAACAUCAAUCCUGAAGCUAUACUAUUUGAUCAAGAUUUUGUUGGCUACGAUUAGUGUAGUCAUAUACGCCAUUUUGUUGGUGACAUUUUACAAAGAUAAAGCAGGCCCAUCUACCCAAAUGAAAUUCUACAAACGAAUGUUGAUUCUAAUGAUGGUGUUCCUGGCGAUUGUGGUGAACCACGCGCGCCUCGUGGAGGUGACAUCGCGCCUGGACUUCCUGUGGAAGCUGCAGGCGGAGACCAACCUCGAGCAGAUGAGGGAUAACCAGCGCACCAACAGAUACCUGCUCAAACACAUCCUGCCCGACCAUGUUGUCAACCAUUUCUUAAGCAAGGAACGCCGUCCUGAUGAGCUGUACUCGCAAUGGCGGCACGAGGUGGGCGUGAUGUUCGCGGGCAUCCCCAACUUCCACGAGUUCUACUCCGAGCAGAAGGCCGUAGACUGCAUGCGCUUGCUCAAUGAGAUUAUCUUUGACUUCGAUAACUUGCUAAGGGAGCCACGUUUUAAAAGCAUCGAAAAGAUCAAGACUAUAGGCGCAACAUACAUGGCUGCGUCAGGACUGGACCCCAAUGACAAGACAAGCGACGAGGACUGCGAGCACCUGUGCGCCCUAGUGGACUACGCGUUCGCUCUGCGCGUGGCGCUGGAGGAUAUCAACAAACACAGCUUCAACAAGUUUCGUCUCAGAGUUGGGAUAAGCUGCGGGCCGCUUGUGGGCGGCGUGAUCGGCGCGCGCAAGCCCGUGUACGACAUCUGGGGCAACACAGUCAACGAGGCCUCGCGCAUGGAGAGCACGGGCGCUAUGGACCGCAUACAAGUCACCAAGUACACGAAAGAGUUGCUGCAACGGUGCGGGUACGAGUUGGAGGCGCGCGGCGAGGUGGAGGUGAAAGGCAAGGGCCGCAUGGAGACGUGGUGGGUGUUGCGGCAGCGCGGCGCGGCCGACGCGGGCGCAGAGGCUGCGCCGGCGCCGCCGCGCUCGCUUGUAGCGCUCGUCUACACCAUGCUACAGGCCCGCAAGCGCAUCUACACGCACCCCCUCGACGCUACUGCUAUGCCGAUCCGCAGCGGCAGCAUGCACGAUAAGCCGACGCGGUGCAGCACCGCGCCCAGCGGCACGCACCGGCACUCGCGCGCCGGCCGCCGGCUGCCGUCACGUAUGGCUCACGAAAGUUCACGUCCACCGUCGAAGAGCAUGGUAGUGCGGCGGCCCGACAUGGCUCCCCCCGUAGUGAGCAGCGUGUCGGCGCCGCACACCCCGGUGGCGCCCCACUCCUCGCCCUUCCCGGGCCCACCGCCCAAGCCCGGCAUCGGAGCCCGCCUGAAGGCGGCGAGCUUCUCCUACCGCGCCCGACCGCAGCGAGACAGAUCUCCUAAAAUACAACAACUCGAUGAAGCAAAUGCUAACCCCGCAAAUGGAACUCCGAAACUAUACAAAAAUGGAACUUUCAGACUUCGGUCUGACACAACUAGAAUGUAAAUAAACAUUAAUUUUAAAUUUUAA